GCAAGUGGCGAGGAAGCACUGCGUCCGGAGCCCUAUUUCAGUUUAUGCUGUGGCAUCGCUCUAAGAGGCGUAGGUCAUUUUGGGUACUCGUGACUCGAUGGCGGCGAUGAAGGCGUCAAUAAGAACAAUUUCCUUGCUCCUCGGAGCGCUUUCUCUUUUUCUUCCAUCUCAGAAGUUCCUCCCCUGCUGGACAGAAUGACAGCGAGCUUGGAGGUCAGACUGCUCACGGGCCCAGAGUUCCUGGGAAUGCUCCUUAAUUGGGCAUUGCUUGGAAUGUUGUUUGUGCAAGUCUACAUAUACCACGUCUGCUUCCCAAAGGACCCCCUCUCGUUGAGACUCUUUGUUUAUGGAGUGCUUAUCUGUGAGGUCAUCCAAUCCGCUCUCAUCGCUGCGGUCGGCUUCGACUACUAUGUCUACGAUUAUGGCGAAGUCUCGGGACUAACAACAUACCACAACGGAUGGUUCAGCGUCCCCGUAAUGUGUGGCGUCAUGUCUGCUGCGGUUCAAUGCUUCUUUGCUUGGAGAAUUUGGGUCAUAUCGAAACUCCGAAUCCUCGUAGGAGCAAUUGUUAUCAUCGCCCUUGCCCAAAUGUCGAUCGCGAUUGUGGGAGGCGUGAAGCUGAAGCUUCUGACGUCGACUUCCGAUGAGAACACCGUCACUCCCUACAUUGAUGCGUGGCUUGCUGGCAGCGCACUGGAUGACAUUAUUAUCGCCAUUAGUAUGACGAUUUUCCUGUCGAGAGCAAAAAAGGGCUUCAAGGCAUCGGACGCGAUCCUCAAUCGUCUGAUCACCCUUGUCAUUGAGACCGGGUCAUUGACAGCUACAAUUGCGACGAUCGAUUUGAUUCUGUUCACCACGAAGCCGCAAACCUACCUGCACACAGCUCCGGUGCUGGUGUUAUCGAAGCUAUACGCAAAUACCUUGCUGAUUAACUUCAAUAAUCGAGCCAUGCAGCGUCGUCCCGACGAUACGCUCAUUUCAUUAUCCACGAUUCGACCGGAGGCCUCCCUGCUCAAUACUACGCCAUCCGAAUACAACAGCAGCGUCGAUAGAGGCUUCAAGAUAGAGGUGAUGCGGGAGACAUAUACGGACACUGCAAGGGGCGGCAUCAUGGUUCGCAAUGUGGACGCAGUAUCGGAAAAUGAUGGCGAACCGGUCAACUCGCAUUCCCUUAGGGAAUGCUGAUUGACAGUUCACGGGAAAGCAUGGUGGAAGC